CACCAUUAUGCAAACUCACCCCUAACUUUGACAGACAACACAAAAUUCUAUAAUCUACACACACAUGAAGACUACGAAUCACGCCAUGACUCGAUUCUCUGUGCAAAACCCGGGGAGUUCUUCCCAUUGACUCGACCUUGAUUCACUGAGUCACCACCAACCUAUUCCUUCAGAUUCCUUCCUUCCUUGCCUAUCAAAUCUGAGGCAAAUCAAAAUCAUCGCCUUCGUUGCUGUUUUCGUUUUAGGUUAAUUUUCGAGACAUGAACAAGAGAGCUAGAACCAACCCCGAUAAGGCUGUGGUGAAUGUUUGGCAACGGGAGGUCGGUGAGCUCUCCACCCGGAAUUUCGCACACCGUCUCGGCGCCUCCGAGGAUCUUGUGCUCCGGCUUGAAAUUUACAAGAAGCUUGAGAAGCACAGAGGUUGUGUGAACACAGUAAGCUUCAAUGCUGAUGGCGACAUAUUGGUUUCUGGUUCUGAUGACAAGCGGGUCAUGCUUUGGGAUUGGGAGACCGCACGUGUUAAGCUCACAUUCCAUUCUGGCCAUCAUAACAAUGUUUUUCAAGCAAAGAUCAUGCCUUAUUCUGAUGAUCGCAGUAUAGUUACAUGUGCUGCGGAUGGGCAGGUUCGGCAUGCUACAAUUCUGGAAAGUGGAAAGGUGGAGACUUCAUUGCUGGCUAGACAUCAAGGACGAGCUCAUAAAUUGGCUAUUGAACCUGGAAGCCCUCAUAUAUUUUAUACUUGUGGUGAAGAUGGAUUAGUUCAACAUUUUGAUCUGAGGAGUAAAGCCGCCACAGAACUUUUCACAUGCCAUCCCCUUGAUGAUAGGAGGAGUUAUAUGCCGGAAGUUCAUCUAAAUGCAAUUGCAAUUGAUCCAAGGAACCCAAAUUUCUUUGUAGUUGCAGGAUCUGAUGAAUAUGCCCGACUCUACGAUAUUCGUAAAUAUAAAUGGGAUGGUUCAACUGCAUUUGGUCAACCUACGGAUUACUUUUGCCCUCCACAUUUGAUUGGUGAUGAGCAUAUUGGAAUAACAGGCUUGGCCUUCUCUGAUCAGAGCGAGCUUCUUGUCUCAUAUAAUGAUGAGUUCAUCUAUCUUUUUACUCGCAACAUGGGAUUGGGGCCUAAUCCUAUUCCAACCUCUCCUAAGUCUAUGGGCAGUGAUGCUAGUGAAUUGGAAUCUGAUCUUCCCACAGCAGCCUCACCAUCCAAUGUAGAUGCUGAUGAACGAAGUACUCCCCAGGUGUAUAAAGGACACCGGAACUGUGAGACUGUCAAGGGUGUAAGCUUCUUUGGGCCUAAAUGUGAGUAUGUGGUGAGUGGCUCUGAUUGUGGCCGGAUAUUUAUAUGGAGGAAAAAGAAUGGAGAGCUCAUUCGUGUAAUGGAAGCUGAUAAGCAUAUUGUGAACUGCAUUGAGUCUCAUCCGCAUACAACAGUGCUUGCUAGCAGUGGAAUUGAGAGUGAUGUCAAGAUAUGGACUCCCAAGGCCAUUGAGAGAGCUACUUUGCCCAAAAAUAUAGAACAGUCUCGGGGCUGGAUGUACCGUAUAUCCUCACCCCAGGAAUUGAUGCUGCGCUUAUUCUCGGUGCACAGAGGGAGGACUAGUCAAGAGGAUAAUGAUGAGAACUCAGCUGCAGGUCGGGAUCUUCUAGAUCUUAUAUUGACAUUUCAUGCCAACAGUGAUCAUGAUGCUUCUUCGGAUGAUGGAGAUGCUGUCAGUCAUGAGGAUCUAUUUUCUUGAGUAAAUACUUUUUAAACCUUUUGGCGCAUAGAGUGAUAGAAAAUGUAAAUAACUUCGGUUUUGAAUGUAAACAGUAUUGGAUGGGGCUUUUUACAA